AUGUGCACUGAGGGAGUGACUGAAAUAUUGGGACCAUUUAUGAUCUUUUCCAUGGUCUUCUAUGUCCUGUUGUGCUCCCUAGGGAUCAUGGCUAAUGGCUUCAUUGUUGUGUUACUGGGAAAGGAGUGGGUUCUAUGCCACCGGCUGUCUCCCUGUGAUAUGAUCCUGAUCAGUGUGGGUGCCUCCCGCUUCUGCCUGCUGUGGCUUGGAAUGAUACACAACUUUUAUUUUUUUUUUCUACCACCAACAUAUUCCAAAGAGCCUUCCUGCCAGUACUUUGGGAUAUACUGGGAUUUUCUGAAUUCAGCCACAUUCUGGUUUGCCACUUGGCUUAGUGUCCUCUUCUGUGUGAAGAUUGCAAACUUCACUCACUCCAUUUUCUUUUGGCUGAAGUGGACAGUCAAGGAACUGGUACCCUGGUUCCUACUAGUCUCCCUGCUAAUCUCUUUCAUUGUUACCAUGCUGUAUUUUGUGGAGAAUAAUGCUUUGUACCAGGCAUUCUUGCAGGGGAAGUUCUCUGAGAACAUAACCUUAUAUGGCUUCUUUAGGAAUCUAGAAAUCCACUAUUUUUUUCCUUUGAAACUCAUUACUUUGUCUAUCCCCUGUUCUAUCUUUGUAGUCUCAACAGUUCUGCUGAUUACCUCUUUGAGGAGACACUCCUGGAGAAUGCAACAUGGUACCCACAGUACCCAGGAACUCAGUACUCAGGCUCACACCAGAGCUCUGAAGUGUCUGGUCUCCUUUCUAAUAUUUUACGCUCUUUCUUUUUUGUUUAUGAUCACAGAUGUUGUCCUUUCUGGCUUUGAGGAUACCUGGUUUUGGCCAUGGCAAAUUGUGAUUUAUCUGUGCUCAUCUAUUCAUCCCUUCAUCCUUAUCCUUGGCAACUCCCACCUAGAAGGGGCACUCAUGAAGCUUCUUCUUCAGCCUAAAACCUUCUGGAAUGACAAGAGGGUAUCAUCUCCUACCUAAGACAUGCACCUCUGUCUCCCAUACCAAAGAAAAGACUCUACUGAGAAGUAGGGCACAGCAUAUCCUGUGACCUCAAAGUUUUCAUCCUAUUGAAGUCUGGAUAGAAAUUAAACAUUUUCCUCAUUCAUUAUUCCUGUACUCAGAUAUUCAGAUGAAUCUGUGAUCUUAUGGAUAUAGGAGUGUCUGACUUCCAGUGAGGAAGUUGAUGCCUGUCUACACCUGCCCACCCUGCUUCCCUCUUGUUCUUCCUUGAGUUCACCAUAAGGAGUCUCCAGCCUGCAUAUUUGAGGCCUUCUUUUCUCGUGACAUUUGGACAUUAGAAU